UUAUUGCCACCGUGCACCCACAUACAGCAGCUGAUUUAUAAGCAUUACCAACAAUCGUACAUGCCAAGUGAAUGUCCACCUCGAACGGCAGUAUCAUCGCGACUCGGUUCACGUUUACAUGCCCACCACCUCUCUGCGUCCAGCUGUCCCGACAAUCAUUAGGCGAGCGUCAAGCGACCGCAUUAGGGCGGAGCGCUCGACGCACGUCGAAAAGAGCGUUCGUGUAUUAUCCGACAUAACAUUGGUGGUCUUGUACGCGACGCUUGUAUUUCUGCCACCUGUGCAGCAUUGGCGCAGCAGCAAGGCCGCGAGACGUCGCUUCGGACGUGCCCUUUGCGGCGUGUCGGACCAGCCGCGAGCCGGCGGACGACUAAAGCAGUGACAACUAAAUUUUAACAGUUCUGAUGCUUGUUCGAAUCUGUGUUACAGCGCUACGGAGGUGGGUUUGGGCCUAGUUUUAAGGCAAGGAAAAAUGUUUGACCCCCAAAACGUCCAGGGGUGUGCAGGGUUUUGAUCGUAACAAAUAAUUUCUAUGUCUUUUCUUCCCAGCUGUGCGGCCCAAGCCAUAUUGGGGUGUUGCGGUUACACGCUGACGAACGUCGUUGAUGAUUGUAAAAUGUUUUCUGGUGAGUGAAUAGUUUUGUGGCCCAUCACGGUUUACCGUUGUCGGUAUAGAAGAGAAAAGGCUAUCAUCAUUCGAAUAACCAAAGUAAAAGUAGUAACGUUAGAGGAUUAAAACAGAUUUGCAACAGACACAACGCGAGAUGUGAAGCUCAAUGUCGUUAAAGUCGAGUAGCGUGGAGCGUCGAUCGCCAAGUUCUUCCAGGCUACGUACGGAUAUAUUUGUUUAAGUAAAACGUAAAACAAACAAGCAAUUGCAACGCAAGCGACCGUACUCAGCUGCUGUAAAGACCGAAUGAAGAACAUGAACGAUUUGUUCCUGAACCACCUGGUGUUGAUUACUUGAAAUGAAGAUGAUUAGAAGAUCUAUGUCCAAUAGGCGGUGCCGCAUCCCUUCAGCUCGUUGAUUGUUCCGUUUCUGCCAAUAUAAGUUAUUACAUAAAUCUGUGAAGUUUUGUGACUCGAUCCGAUUUCGCGAAUCUCAGAACAAGCCCAUACCGAGAAGUUGGCUGCUUAAUCGGUAACCUCGCAGAUAACUAGUGGGCUGAGAAAAGCUAAAACUACCUUGGAACCGUUUCUUCGAUGCGCACAUCAGACGAAAACAUCGUCACAGUCUUCUCCAUUGCAGCCUUUGACGUCGCAUGAUCACUGUCCACCUGCUUCGUCGAUCAAGUCUAUCGAGGGAAAAUGACGAACUUUCUUCUGCUGACUAGACGUCAGGGAGAGAGAGCCAUUAAGUACUUCCAGACCAUGCACCUUCUCAUGGCAGGAAUGACGCUCGGUCUGGUGCUAGUUAUUGUGGGCCCGAGUCUUCUGGAUCUCGCCGACUUACUUCAGGUAUCUGUUCGUGAGAUGACCUUAAUUUCUUUUGGGGGCGACUUCGGCGCUUUUUUCGGAUCUGUGCUUGCGUUGAUGAUGUUCAGAUACUUCAGUGCGCAAAAGGUGAUCAUCUCGUUUAUGCUGCUCAUCGGAGUGUCGAACAUUCUCAUUCCGUUGGGUGGCACCCCCGUUGCCACGGCAAUCCUCACCUUCUGCUCGGGGUGCGGGGUCGGAAUCGUCGAAAUUGGAGCAUAUGUAUGGCUAGUGGGCCUGUGGUCUUCGAACGUUGCCCCGAUUGUUCAGCUUCUCCAACUGAGCUAUGGUAUCGGAGCGUUUAUGUCACCGCUCAUCGCUGAGCCCUACCUCACUCACCAUCCUAAUGCUGAUUUCAGUGAAGGUGAGAUCGACUUAACAAAUGCCACCGCAAGCCUCCCACUGAAUGUAUCAGGUUCCGAGAGCCAGGCCAACUUUGUUAGCACGAUUAGCCCUCUACUAGAAAGCGAUACCGGGGGAGUCUUAAGCGUCCAUACAUCCAUGGUGCAUAUUCCAUAUGCUCUCGUUGGAAUAUUUGCUUUGUUCAACGCGUUGUUUAUGAUAGUAUCGUAUUUUAUCGACUCGAAAGAUGUUACACCAGAGAAGCCUGCUGAAGAUGGAGAAGUUGGUGUUCGUAAUGCCUCACCGCGCUACCAAUGGACUUUGGUGACUUUUAUCGGGAUUUAUACACUAGUGGCCGUCGCUCUCGAGGUAGUCGUUGGAAAGUUUCUCCCUGCGUACGCAGUUCAUCACUAUUCAUUGUCACGAUCAGCUGGAGCUCGUAUCGUCUCGUUGUUUUACGUCGGCUUCACGUUCGGUCGCAUGCUUGCUGUACCCCUUUCGAUAAAACUAUCGCCAAUGCACAUGAUGAACAUAGCCCAAGCCGGCAUCCUGGGAUCGGUCACAGUCCUCACCUUCAUCGACCGUGACGAGCGUGUUCUAUGGACUUGCUCGUUUACACUGGGAGCAUGCCUUUCCCCGAUGUUUGGCUCAGCGACAGCGUGGCUGUUAGAACAAGUCGCUCUGUCCCAUGACUACAUGUCGAUAAUCAUGACAAUGGUGACCUUCGGUGCCCUGGCUCCCCCACUUUUCGUCGGAUUGUACAUCGAGGCUCAUCCGGAUGUGCUUAUGUACGCUGUUCUAUCGGCCGCGUGCACGAUGAUCGUAGCAUGCUGGACGAUGUAUGCUAUAGCCAGCAUACACAAACGAGUCUACGCCCAAUGUUCAGUUCGGGACGAUCAACAAGACGGUCGCCUCUGUGAGCAAAAUGAACUCGCUGAGAAAUUGCACCAGCGCGAGAUUGAAGUUUAACUGUCAGAAACAGAUAAUUUUUUCCUUCGUUUUCACAUGGUCAAAUCUUCGGAAUCGAGCACGAGAGAUAUCAAUUAUCUUAUACAUCCCACGGCAAGGAGGUGUAUAUGAUAAUUUUCUUCUGUGUCGCUGUCCUUAUCUACCAUCAUGUGCCUAGGUUGUGCCCGGUCUGCCUCGUUAAUGCUGUGCUUUAAUAUUACUAUUGUUUUUUUUUCUUUUUUAAUGAAAUAACCCACGUUGUGGGAUAUAAGCUUAAUAACUGAUAACAUAUGCAUUUUUAUAUUAUGACCUUGCGUGUUUCAUACUAAAUAUAUCAUUCUAUCGCAGUUCAAAGUUUAGCCUUACCCAAACGAGCCUAUUUGGCAUGGAAUUAAAUGAUCUGUAGUUGGAGAGCUAAAGAGUAUGCAUAGUACAAACCCUUGCUCGUAAGCCGUGGUUCCGUUACAAUGAACCAAUGACAGUUAUUCGAAAUGGGUCAUAUAUGUCAAUAUUCAAUAUUUGAAUAGGUGCUCAACAUGGCCAAGCUAUAUUAAAUAUAGGCAUUAAUUAAUAACGCAAAAAAAUGAGCGGGUCUAAGCUGAGAGCAGGAAAGGCUUAAGGGCCAAUUACUCGACAAGACACAACCAGGAAGUUUGUUAACUGUUAUUUUAUUUUGAACCUCACUCUACUUCAUCCUCGACAUAACGGACGGGCCGUUGGCAGUUAAGUAAUGCGUAAAUGAUUUUCUUCGGCAUCAUCACAGAUGGGGCUGCUUCGACGGAGCAUAAUACAACACCCCUUGGUAAUAACUCUACGUUAUUCAAGUAGUAUUUUAAUAGUAGUUUCGGCCUGUUACGUUCGGUGCUAUUACUGUGUCGUUAGUUAAAUGUUACCACUUGAAACUGCUAGACGCUUCGUCCACAAAGUUAUGUUUGUCCACGACAGGCCUCGAAUUUUUACUGCACCACGAAGUAUCCGGAAUCUUAAUAAGUAUAUAAGUUACAACUGCUCCCUCACGUACACUGUGUAUAUGAAGUAAACUUCUUCCGACUGUUAAUUUUUUGGCAGAUGGAAAAAUUAAUUUUGCAGAAAUUUCUGCUAUACAAUACUAAACUGAAGGCCUUAGCGCAACCGACUAGGACGCUAAAUUGAUGCUUGGCUAAAUUGGUCCUUCUUGUUUAUUACAGGAUGACUGCAAACAAUGAAAAGGGUUAACUGAGGCUUUCCAGUCUCAAAAAAUAACUCUUUAUAUUUAUGAAUAUAGUUUGCCGCUCAUGGGGCAUAUUCUUACAAAUACAAAUAAAUGCGUCCAAUAAAUAUAUUCAUUAAUUAAUACUUUGUUAGUAGCGUUCAACUCCGCGAUCCUCGUUUGUAUUUAGCUGCAUGAUUCGUGAGCGUAACAUGGAAAGCACAGAUCCGAGGGUGGUUCUUUGCACAUAAAAUACACGACAACAGAGUGUGUAAUUCAUCACAACAAUUUCCCCGUCUUGUAACUUGAAUGAACUUUGAUUUCUCGCUCAAGUUAACAAUUAACAUUACUUGUUAUGGUUCGAAAAAAAGAAACAGCAUUUACAGAGAGUUUCUAAUAGCCGACGCUUAAUGGCGGCUCGUAUAAAUGUUAUGUUUUUCUAUCGAAAAUUAAUCCACUUUCAUUAGCUAGUCACUUACUACUAUGCAACUCACGAAUUCAUAGUAUAACCAUAUUUAUAACGAACGGGAAUCGUUGAAGCCAUUAGAGAGAGACUUUUUCAGGGUACACUGGUGCCUCGUAUUGUUCAAUCAAGUACUUUACUAUGAGGGUUUCUUUUACUUUAAUCGUUUGACCCACUUUCCGAUAAUAUGUGUCAGCGUUUUCUUUUUACACGCGUCAACCGAAUUACGAUGAAGAGGUCUGCAACAGAACUCACUUUGCAAAGGAAUUCGGUGCCAAAUUAGUCAUCACAAGCCUUCAUAUAGACCAACGGUGUAUAUAUAUAAUAUCGGCGAAAUUUAAGAAUCUACCUUUGCACCUAGAAUAUAAAAAAAAGUAUCCAGAAUCCCAAAAAGCUCAUCUUCGAACGGGCAAGCCGGGGCAUAUAUAGUACUGUCGCAAAAAAACGAUAAGGUGUAACAUUCAUAUUUCUUUGUAGACAUAGUUUUCCACAACCCCCGUCGAUCUUCAAUAUUUGUAGGCUUUAAGAUUUAUUAGUCGUUCAUCUUCGUUAGCAGCCUUCAGACUGGAGAAUCUUUCCGUUUGUGUGAUUCAGUCAAGUGACGAUUCAGGAACAGGAACCCCUUAGCGCUAAGAGUUGUGUUUCAUCGAAUGCUUAUGACCUAUUCUCAAUCGGUAAUCCAGUUGUCACAAUUCCUUAGUAAUAACAUAGCUCUAAGUCAUCCGCUGUUUGUGAGCUAAUUGUUUGUGGGCAUUAAACCUUUCAUGUCUAUUUUUUGCGUAUAAAUUAAAAUCGGUUAAAACAAUCACUUCUCGAAAUACUCUACAGGUGAUAACUACAUUUCUGCGAUUUCAAGCUGAUUUUCAGCUACCUUCUAUGUAAACACCGUCUUUAGAAGGAUUUACACCUACACGAAGUACUGUUAAUUCUCACGAUGAAAAAGCGCUAAAACAGAAGAAUCAGAGAGCUAGAUACCUAUUCAAUAGACCAUAAGCUAUUUUGUAAGCGUGUAAAUUUGUCAGCGUGUAACUUACUCUACUCGAGGCGUCAGAAGGAGGAAAAAAUUUUGAAUAAAUCAGUUUUUGUUGAUAUAUUAUAUGUUUAUUCACUUAAUUAUUUCGGAUUGUCAUAAGUAUGCAUUGUUUUUACGAGUAACCAACAGGAUCCGAUGUGACGAGAUUGGUUGUAUCGCAGAUGUGUAGAAGACGACGCUUUUAGUCUGUUUCUCAGAAGCUACAAAGGAUAUAAUGAUUCCGACCGAUCAAUAUUCCCCAUAAAAUGCUUCUCGUGCUGCCCAUUGUGCGAUAAGGCUGACCCACUCGUACCUUGUGUGUUCGAAGGCAAACACCAGGCUAGCCUCAAUGAAACAAAUAGAUCGAUAUAGCCCUGCAUCCAGGAAGACGACUCUCAAUUCUGUCAAAAACGAAGUGUCAUGAAUAAAGGUCUCCAGUUCUAAAGAAGAAUUAAUAGCAACUGGGUACAGAAGCCCGCUUCAAAGAGGAUGCCCCAAUAAAUGCACCAUGCAGAUUCUGUAAAGCGUAAGGUUAUUAGAUCCAGAUCUAUGGAAGCCGCUCGGGAAAAAGCGUUUUGUGUUAUGAGCUGCGCUCAAGUGGACAUCUUGGAUUCGGACUAUCCAAAAGGGGCGAACUAGGAAAGUAGAUACAUGAGUAGUCUCUAAGCGAAGCUGUAAACACGCAGCGAAUCGUUCCUUCUGCGUUCUAUAGCUUCCAAUAUGCAGGACAUUGAGCAUAUGUAACAAUAUUUGUCGUAUAGAUGAUGUUACACUACAUACAUAGAACGGUAACUUAAACAGCUGAAUUUUGACGGGGCACACCCAGUGAAAUAUACUACAGGACAAAUGUGAUUAAACAAUAUUUUAAGAAAAUCUGUAAUUUUCUUAUUUAAAUUUAAC